AUGGUGCCCCCGCCGCACCUGCUGCUGCUGCCGCUGCUGCUGCUCCAGAGCUCCGCCGCGCUCCCCGCACCCCCCAGGACCCCAAGACACUCCGAUGGGACGUUCACCAGCGAGCUCAGCCGCCUGCAGGACCGCGCCAGACUGCAGCGCCUGCUGCAGGGCCUGGUAGGGAAGCGCAGCGAACAGGACACAGAAAACAGCCCAGAGAACAGCUCGGCCGGGUCCAAGCCCACAGAGGGCCAGCUCUGCUUGCUGUGGUCUAACCCAUUGGCCCUACAGGCCUGGCUGCCCCCCAUGUUCCCUCUGGAUGGGGCCUGGUCUCCCUGGUUGCCUCCGGGACCAAGGCCUGCUGUGGAAGUUUCAGAGUGGACUGAAGCAACCAGGCAACCCAUAUAAGGGGGGCAGGAGGAGCCCUCCAGGAGCCUGGCUGGAGUAGUGUAUGGGCUGCCUUUGGCAUUAA